CCCCUCCUCCUCCUCCUCCUCCCUGCUCACCAAUGCGCACCACGCUCAUCCGCCGUGCCCUCGAAGGGCUCAUCCCUCCAAAGAUCGCCUCUCCUCACUCUGUCACGGGCGGCUCCGUCGGUGCCCAGAUGAGCGGUGUCGUCGAUUUCUACAGCAAGCUGCCCAAAGGCCCCGCCCCGCCCAUGAGCACGGGUAUUAAGGCUCGUUACUGGGAUGGGAAGAAUGCGAGCGCAGCGCCGAUUUAUGGCACGAUUCUGAGCUUGAUGCUCCUUGGGUACUCUUUGGAUUACUUCAUGCAUCUCAGGCAUCACAAGAACAAGCACCACUAGCCGCCAAGGAGUGCAGGGAGAGAAGCGUACAAAACCUAGGGGCCGCUGUGUAUAGCACGGUGAAAAUGCAUAAUUA